AUGUUGCUUGUAGAUGAAUUGUUUGUGUUUCUUGUUCACCUCAAAUUAGGAUUAUUUGAACAGGACUUAGGUCAUAGAUUUAUGAUACAUAGGUCUUCAUUUUGUAGGAUAUUGGUAAUCUGGAAUAGUUUUUUGUAUCUUUUGCUUGGAAGUCAAAUGAUCUGACCUUCAAGAGCUGAUGUCAAUCGGCAUAUGCCAGACGGUUUUAAAAAGCUAUACCCAAGCACACGGGUGAUCUUGGAUUGUACUGAAAUAUUUGUUCAGACUUCAACCUCUUUACUCCUGUAAUCACGGCUCUACUCGACUUGUUAGAGUAAUACAACAUUGAAGGGUUGAUUGGAAUCACUCCCAAUGGAGCCAUUUGCUUUGUUUCCAGUUUGUACACAGGGGGCAUUAGUGAUAAGGAAAUCACAAGGUGCAGCGGGAUUCUAGACCUUUUAGAACCUGGAGACUCAGUGAUGGCUGAUAAAGGAUUUGACAUCAAUGAUUUACUAAGAGAGCACAAUGUACUAUUAAAUAUUCUUCCCUCUCUUGAAAGUCAAGUGCAGUUUUCCCCUCAGGAUGAUCAAAAAACAAAAACCAUUGUCAACCUUAAAAUACAUGUUAAAUGGGCUAUUAGAAGGGUCAAAGAAUAUCACUUCUUUUUGGAAGUUCCUCUAUCUACUUUAGGUUCAGUAAAUAAA